UUUAAACUCUCGUCCUUCUUAGUGAUGGCGGCUGCGCUCCGAUCUCUCCCGACAAACAGCCACAACAAAUGGUACUUUACCCGGCAGCAGAUCGACAACAACCCGUCCCGGAGAGCUGGACUGGACCCCGAUAAGGAGCUCUCGUACCGGCAACAAGCGGCGAACCUGCUGCAGGACAUGGGACAGCGCCUCAAUGUCUCACAGCUCACGAUCAACACCGCCAUCGUGUACAUGCACCGCUUCUACAUGGUCCAGUCCUUCACCAGGUUCCACAGAAACGUUGUGUCUCCGGCAGCCCUAUUUCUUGCGGCUAAAGUUGAAGAGCAGCCACGUAAACUGGAGCAUGUUAUCAAAGUGGCACAUGCAUGUUUGAAUCCACAGGACCCCUCUCCAGAUGUGCGCAGCGACGCCUACCUGCAGCAAGCCCAAGACCUGGUCAUUCUUGAGAGCAUUAUUCUGCAGACCCUGGCUUUUGAGAUCACCAUCGACCACCCACACACCCAUGUUGUGAAGUGCACUCAGCUCGUUAGAGCGAGCAAAGACCUUGCCCAGACUUCGUAUUUUAUGGCAACAAACAGGUAUCACCAAUUAAUCCUUCACCUGACGACGUUCUGUCUGCAGUACAGCCCCCCAGUGGUGGCCUGUGUGUGCAUACAUUUGGCCUGUAAAUGGUCAAACUGGGAGAUCCCUGUGUCUACAGACGGGAAGCACUGGUGGGAGUAUGUCGACCCCACAGUCACCUUGGAGCUGCUGGAUGAGCUAACUCAUGAGUUCCUUCAGAUCUUGGAAAAGACACCUAGCCGUCUAAAGCGAAUCCGCAACUGGAAGGCUGGAGGACAGGCACCCAAGGUCAAGCCCAAAGUGCAGGAGGAGGGAGAUCAGAGGGAUACCAUGAUGAAUAUGAUCUCCAUGGCUUCGUCAGAGAGCACUGUCGCCGGGCUCAUGAGUCUAUCCGCCCCUCCCUCUUCGGAUAAAGAAAGGACCACCCCAGGAAGUGCCCAAAAUUGGAGCGGGAAACCACAGGGAGCAGUAGACCAACCCACUGCCAACAGCGAAGUCCACACUCCCGCCAAAGUCUCACUAAGUGAAUAUCGCGCCAAGAAUGCUGAUGUUUUGGCCGCCCAGAAACGAAAACUGGAAAACAUGGAGGCUAGCGUGAAACGGGAAUACGCAAACGCAGCCCAAGCUCUGAUAGGACAGCAGCACAAAAAGGAAAAAUCUCACCAUCACCAGCAAUCCUCCACGGCUCAUUCUAGCUCUUCAGAUAACCCUUCUCCAAUUAUUCUCAAAAUCCCGCUUGAGAAAGAACGGCAUGAUCGCAGCUCCUUAAAAAUGCGUUUUCCACUUGCUUCCAGUGGUGGUGGUUCUAGUAGCAGCAGCAGCAGUCACAGUACAAAUAGUCGUGGACAAGAUCAAGAUAUUAAAAUGAAAAUCCGUGUGCCUGAAAAGCAGAAGGUUGGUUCUGGAGAGGAAGGGAAGAGCAGGGAUAAACAUAGGGAUAGGUCCAAUCACCAUCACCACUCUCACCACCAUUCACACCAUCAUUCCUCCUCUAGUAGUGCCUCAAUGUCCUCCUCCUCUCAUAAACAUUCGUCCAGUUCUAGUAGUGCAACAGGAAGUAAAAAAUCCGCCAAUGACUCUUCUAGAUUGAGCUCGUCUUCUGCAUCGCGAAAAAGACCGCAUUCUCAAGACCCAGCCACUACUUCAACGUCAUCUUCAUCACACGCCAAAAUGAGCAAAUCUGUGAAUAACCCGUACAAACUUCCGUCAAUGUCUUCCUCUGCAGGCCAAGGCGCCGACAUGCUCCCCGCAAUCGGACUCCCACACGCACCUGGGAGUUUCGGGAAGGGUGACAAAACGGACACGAACGGACAUGGAGGAGCAGCGGGAGGGCAGUCGAAUGAAUUUCAAGACACUUUUGAUAUGUUGAAUUCGUUGUUAAGUGCACAGGGGGUUCAACCAUCUCAGCCGGCCAUGUUUGAUUAUAGACAGCAGUAUGGGGAAUACAGGUUUAGUGCAGGGUCGAGAGGAGGCAACCAGCGCCCCCCUCCCCUGCCCUCAGAGCCCCCCCCUCCUCUGCCGCCUCUGCCCAAAUGAACGAUGUAAAGGUGAAAGAAGAGCUGCACGAUUUCAAGUGAAACAGUAAAGUUUGGACUUAAUAAAAAUCUUGAAUAAAAUCCGCUUUAUUUCACAUGUCACAUUUUUAUCAGAUGGAGAACAUUGCGAUAUAUAUAGUAUGUUGCGAUCAGUCAAUAUCGGAAUACCAAUACUUUUGCGUUUUAUCGUGCAGCCCUAAGUGUAAGCAUCCAUCAUGUUACAGUAUUGUACAUUUUUGCAUUUUAGAAUUUGAAAAAGUUCUUUGGGUCUUCAGAGUGACAGCGAUGAAUUGUACAGAGGUUUUUAGUUUGUAAUUAGUGUUAUCUAAUGGGCCUGAAAAUAUGAGGAAAAAGUGUAAAUAAUUUAAUUCGUCAGUGAAAUGGAAUGUGCUGAUGAGGGAGACGGGAUUUUCAAUUUCAGAAGAUUUGUCCAAAAAAAAAAGUUAAAAUGGAUUUACGCCUGUCGGAUAUUAUUACGAUUGUCUUUUUAUAAUGUUUUUAUAGUAUAUUAUUUAUUGAAUGUUUUUAAGAGGAUCUUGUCCCCAUCGCUCUGCCCAUUCGGGAAGGAGGGACGUGACAGUCAAACUGUGCAUGCUCCACGGCCAUCUUUUAUAUUUUUGGUCCUUUCUCCAAAAACUAAAAUUUUUGGGAAAAAAUUACUCUGAUUUUAUUUCAUGCCAUUUAGCAGAUGUGUAUAAAUAUUUUAAAGUGCAAAACAUUUUGUUAAAACUUGCAAAAAAAUAUGUAAAUUAAGAAAGUUUGUACUUUUUAAUUUUUAGUUUUGAUGUUGCAGUCAUUGUUUUAAAUGGUUGUAAAAUAGAAUUUCUCUAAUGUGUUAUUCACACUAAUGAAAAAAGGUUAAUACAUAUGGGGUUCUCACAUAUCUGCAGGUUUAUGAAGACGAUGGCCUUUUGUGAAAGAGUUGUAGCAUGGUUCAUAUCCAUGAGACAUUUUAUGGUUGAGAUUUUAAAUAUGUAUUAUGCUCCGUACAAUGCUACCAUGUAUUUUAAAUCCAUAGAGCUCUGAAUAAUCAGAGUUGACGUCUAAAAUGUCAAGUCUUUUUGUAAAAGUGCACAUCUGUGUAUGCAGGUGUGGUGUUAUUAUAAAUGCAUUAAGCAUUAUUCAAAGCAAACGUGUUCAGUUUUAAAAUGUUCAUUCACCCUCAUGCGUUUAGACAUAUUCAGUCUUUGCUGACUUCAUUUGGCCCUAAAUGUACAUUGUACUUAUGUGGUUUUAGCUAUACAUUUUACAUGGUUCAUUCUGUUAUGGUUGUAAUAGUCUUGAACUUUUCACAGUUGUUUUUCUAUUUUCAUUUUUGUCAUGUUUUUCUCAGUAAAAGAACUUUAUGCUACGAAUACAACUCAGGCAGUGGAUUUAAAAUGUAAUUAUUCUGAGCUGGAUUACUUUCCUUACAGAAUAGUGCACAUCCUGUUGUUAAAGUUGGGUUGAAACUAUUUAAUUCACCCUGUCACAUGUUUAUUAAUAAAAAAAAAAAAUACAUUUCAGUCUAAAUGCUUUUGCAAGGAUCGACACUCAUGCAACUGAACAAUGCAACAGUCAACGCUCCAUUUCUGUCGAAGUAAUGUCCUUCAUUCACGUCUUGUUCAAAAGUUGUUGACACUCAGGUCUGGAAAUAACUUGUUUUCCCUUCUGUCAAAAUGUCUGUGAAUACGGUUCUUUUUGAUAUAAUGUGGUUGCUUUAUUCCCAAUCAAAGUCAAUAAAUAUUUUAUGGAACACCGA